GUGAAGUUGGCUUUUAAAACAAAAUAUUCUGUUUAUUUAUUUAUUUAGAAUAAUUGGACAUUGCUACCACAAUGAUUUUCCCUGCGUUGUACAUGUUCAUCGCUGUGAAUAUUAUUUCUAGUACAGGUGUACAGAUUGACAUGAACAGAGACUAUUUUUACCACGGCAAGGAUUUAUUUUGUGCACAACUCCAGUGUACAGAAAACAUAAGAGAAGACACUCAGAUAUCAGCUCUUGUCAACAUGUCAGUCUAUAGGAUCAGUGAACCAGAGGGCAAGAUUUUGGUGGCGUCUAUUUCAGAAUCAGAUUCAAAGCUUAAAGAUUAUAAAAGGGCUGGAACAAGAGUAGAUGGGAAAAUAUCGAAAACAUUUUCUCAAUUGGACAUUUUUUUCUCGAAUCAUUCAGACUGCAAUGUUGGCCAUUUUCUAUGUGAAAUACAUUAUGUGAAUAGAACUGGGUCAAUUGAUAGAAUUGGGAAACAGGCGGAGAGUUUACCAAGAAAAUCACGUGACAUAUUUCUAAUGAUGAAUUUAAAAGCUAAAACUUCUGACUAUGUUAAAUCUGUUGACACAAUGGCCGACUUUCUCAAAUCGUUUGAAGACCCAGACAGACUAAAAGGUGCAGACAUGACAAUGUCAUUACAGAUGUCACAUUCUGGCGGCGAUAAGUUCAACACAGACAAAAGUUUUGGUCGAACAGAUACAGAGUUAAGUAACAGUUAUAAACAUAUAAGUUCUUCUACAUUUGAGGACAUGUUGGAUGAUAAGCUAAAGAAUUUAACCCUUGAUGUAAACAAAACAUUACAGAUGACGGAACACAAACUGAGUUCGAAGACAGAGUUAAACAAAAAUAGUUUGGCUGUUUUAAACGAAUCAAUUCAAACAAUGUUAGCCAACAGUCAGAACCAAACAGAGCAACUCAGUAUCAGAUUAAAUGAGAAUGAAACAAAUAUAAAGAAAUCUAUCACACAAGAGAAUAUCAAUACAACAUUAAAUUUGGUAGCGGGUCUCAACAAAACUCUACAAGAUUUUAUAAACGAGUACUACGAUAAUCCUAUGAACUUAAAAUUAACAAAACAGUGUGUCAGGAACGAUGACUUAAGUCUCCCAGAACAAAUGGCUUUUAAACUGGAUCAAAGAAAACUGGCCUUGUGUGAUACAAAAACUGAUGGCGGGGGGUGGAUUAUUAUACAGAGACGUGUGGCAGGAGACGUCAGUUUCACCAGAAACUGGAGCGACUACAAAUAUGGUUUUGGAUCUUUGGCUGGAGAUUAUUGGCUUGGAAAUGACAUAAUCUCAAACCUCACACAAAACGGCUACAGUGAACUGAGGUUUGACAUGAAAUACAAAGGUAAAUUCUACUACGCCGUAUACAGCAAUGUGACGGUGGGAAAUGAAGCAGAUUUGUAUAGGAUAAAGUUGACAUACAAGACAGGAAACUCUACAGACAACUUUAGUUAUCACAAUGGAAAGGUUUUUUCUACUUUAGAUAGAGACAAUGAUAAAUCGUCUAGCAACUGUGCUGAUAAUUUUAAAGGCGGCUGGUGGUAUGAUUCCUGUUAUCAAGUGAACCUAAACGGCGUGUGGGCGAGUAAAACUGAAAUUGAAGGCAUUCGCUGGAAUGGUUUAACAGUCAACAUAGAUUCUCUGGAGCACGUGGAGAUGAAGCUACGACGGCCGUGAUCAUGAAAAAUAACACGAAAACAGAGCCUUGUGUUAACUCCGACUGGUGCAUGAUAAAUUUACAAUAGUUCGCCGACUUUACAAACACUGCUUUACAUGUAUGUAGAUGUACUUUUUUUAACAAUAAAAACUAUUGCUUUAAUUAGAGCUUAAGUUGAAACCAAACAAAUAACAAAACCGCUUUCCCCAAACUAAUGACAGGCUGUCAAAUGCUGAGUCAAAUUCUCUGUUGACUAGAUGUUUGGUUCGGUAGACAUCUGUCAGAUAAAAUUAUAAAUAA